GAAGCCGGUAGCACAGUGCAGCCAACGUUUCCGCAGUACACACAUACAGUAUAGCAAGUUCGCAGUUCAACAUCGUUCAUUUGGCUCAUUGGCAGCCAUCUAGUUUUCGCGAUAAAUUCACAAAGCACCUUUGUUAAUAGGAAAGUAGUUGCUCUUAAAUCGAUUUUCUCGUUUAUCACACCUGGAGGCAUCGGGAGGAUAAGCACAGGUUUAUCGAUCGACAGCAGCAGGAAAACAACAUUUAUAACCCGGAACGAGAGGAAGAAAGACCCUAUCGACAUUUUUGUGCAGUGUUAGGUGAAAGCCAACUUUAACCGUUCAGCUUAAAUGUCAGAACCCCAGUCUUCGUUGCUGCUGAAAAAACAGUUGGCAGAACUUAGCAAAAACCCAGUUGAAGGAUUCUCGGCCGGAUUAAUCGACGACAAUGACAUCUUCAGAUGGGAAGUCCUCAUCAUCGGACCUCCAGACACGUUAUAUGAGGGCGGUUUCUUCAAGGCACACCUGCAUUUCCCGAAGGAAUACCCUCUGCGGCCACCACGAAUGAAGUUCGUCACAGAGAUUUGGCACCCGAACAUCGAUCGCAAUGGUGACGUUUGCAUCAGCAUCCUGCAUGAGCCUGGCGAUGACAAGUGGGGCUACGAAAAGGCGUCCGAGCGCUGGCUGCCGGUGCACACAGUAGAGACCAUCCUAAUAUCAGUGAUCUCGAUGCUGGCCGAUCCGAACGACGAGUCGCCGGCGAAUGUCGAUGCAGCAAAGGAAUGGCGAGAGGCGUAUCCCGAGUUCAAGCGGAAAGUAGCAAGAUGUGUUCGAAAGAGUCAAGAGGAUUGUUAGUAGGAUUUUUAAAUGUCUUAUAUUUAUUAAUUAAUUAUUACUACAAUGAGAACAAAAGAAUACGAUAAUGAAGCGGAUAACAAUUCAUAACUAAAAACAACGCUGAUGAUUGGUUUUCCUCCUCAAACGACAGAGCUAUUAAUAAAGAAGCUUGAUUUUAUGAGAGGGCGUAGGGCAAUUUAUGAAACUUCAGAAAAUUUUUAAAUUAUACUUCAAUAACAACAAAAUCUUUUUUAGUGUGAACUGCGCGCGCUGUGUUUGAUUGUUUUGAACAGACUAGUAUUGUUUGAACCACAUAUGCUCUGCAUUUCUGACCUAGCGAUAAUUCUGUUUUAUUUUUAUACGCUGGAAAUAAAUUAUGUAACUUUAUACUUUUACGUUUUGUAUUCAUGUGAGCUACCCAGGUAUCGAUUGUGAAAUAUUCCAGAAUAGCCAAAACAGUUUACUUUUAAUUUCCACUUUAUAGAAAUCAUGGAAACGGUGGAGAGAUCAAAAUGUUAGCAAGCACGACAACAAGUCAACCGAUGGAAGAAACGUUGGAAAAUCUUUUUACUAUCGCAGUUAAAUGAAUGCAAGGCUGUCAAGCUAGGAAAUAUAGCAUGCUAGAAAGUAACACUCAGGAAAUAAAUCACAUUUGUCCUGUUGAAAUUAAUAAGCUUAUAGGUGUGAAGUGCCCACUGGAAGAAGAGUGAGUUUGAAAUAAAAUCAAGAACACUCUGCCAAAACAAACAUAAAACAAAAAAAAAUGGACUGCUCAUUUCAAUUCAACUGUUGAGACCAGGAAAAAUGUUGUAAUGAGAUUGAAACUAAUUAUAAGUUAAAUUAAUUUCUCCUACCUAUAUAUUUCAAUGCUUCAGUCUCUCACUUCCGGAAAACGAAAACUUCAAAAUUACACUGAAAUCCGAAACUUUUGUGUGAUACUUCUGUUUCCUAUGAUAAGCAGAUCCAAACCGAAUGGUGGCCACUGGCGGCCAACUUUACAUGUAAAUAGUGCAGUUCCCGUGGACAGAUAAAAAUCGUGUAACCAAACCAAACUGAUUUAGUAACUUCACCGCAUCUUUCGGAACUACGGUUAAGAAUAAUCCAGCUAUGAAAUAAUAAAUACCUUACGCUAACAAAUAAAUCAUUCAAGUCAACAAUUUACACCACCACGAAGGCAACACUUAUUCUGCUCCUUAAACAAUAUAGAUAACUUUGGUUUAAGUUCACUAGAAUAAAAUAAGACGAUCAACAGUA